AUGCGUGACCACUGCCUAGACAAGCACUGGUGCCAUCACACGGUGACGCGGACGGUGUCCUGCCAGGUGCAGAACGGCUCAGAGACUGUGGUCCAGCGCGUGUACCAGAGCUGCCGGUGGCCCGGGCCCUGUGCCAACCUUGUGAGUUACAGGACUCUGAUCAGACCUACAUACAGAGUGUCCUACCGCACAGUGACGGCGCUAGAGUGGAGGUGCUGCCCUGGCUUCACCGGGAGCAACUGUGAUGAGGAAUGUAUGAACUGUACCCGGCUCAGCGACAUGAGUGAGCGGCUAACCACGCUGGAGGCCAAGGUUCUCCUGCUGGAGGCGGCAGAGCAGCCGGCAGGCCCGGGCAAUGACCUGCCGGCCCCCCAGAGCACCGCGCCGCCCUGGAAUGAGGACUUCCUCCCUGACGCCAUCCCCCUAGCCCACCCGGGGCCCCGAAGGAGAAGGCCCACGGGCCCCGCCGGGCCCCCAGGGCAGACAGGACCACCAGGGCCGGCAGGUCCGCCAGGCUCCAAAGGUGACCGGGGCCAGGCAGGAGAGAAGGGCCCAGCAGGGCCUCCUGGCCUCUUGGGGCCUCCAGGGCCCCGCGGACUUCCUGGAGAGAUGGGGCGCCCAGGCCCCCCUGGCCCCCCCGGCCCAGCAGGCAGCCCAGGCUUCCCUCCGAACGGCCCCCACGGUGUCCUCUACUCCCUGCAGCCGCCGACGGGCAAGGACGACGGAGACACGCAGCUGGCCUCUGGGGCUGUGGACACGGUGCUGGCCGGCGUCCCAGGGCCCCGCGGCCCCCCCGGCCCUCCAGGUCCUCCUGGACCACACGGUCCCCCAGGACCCCCCGGUGUACCUGGAUCCCAGGGCCUGGCGGGAGAGCGGGGCAUGAUGGGACCAGCGGGCGAGCCUGGUGGGAAGGGGCAAGAAGAGGAGAAGGCGGCAGAGGGUGAGGGGGUACAGCAGCUGCGGGAGGCCCUGAAGAUCCUGGCAGAGAGGGUCCUCAUCCUGGAGCACAUGAUUGGGAUCCACGAUCCCCUGGCCCCCCCCGAGGGGGGCUCCGGCCACGACGCUGCGCUGCGCGCCAACCUCAAGAUGAAGCGUGAGGGCUCCCCACCACCUGAUGGCGCCCUCGCCGCCCUGCUUGGCCCCGACCCCGGGCAGAGGAGCUCUGGCCGGGCCAGCGGCGGGAAGUAAGAGGCCAGCUCUCCAGGACAAGCCCCAGCCCUGCCAGAGACCCAGCUCCCAGGCCUGUGUGGCCCCCGGCUCUUGACACCGCUUAGUGGGACUGGGUUCCAGGCACCGACGGUCCUGAUGGACACCGGCUCCCGGAGCCUUGGGGAUUGGGGACAGAUGGCAACGCUGGAGGCAGGGUCCAGAGGGCCCCAGCACCCUUCGCAGGCCUUGCCCUGGUCCCUGCCCGCCCCCUCCCCUCAGUUUCUACAGGGUGGGCUGGGCAGGGCCCGAGAAUCAUCAUAAUACUCAUCAUUUACUGAGUCUGGGCCUGUCCAAGGGGCUUUCCUUACAUUGUCUCAUUUAACCCUUAGGAGGUAGGUUUGUUACCCCACUUUCCACGGGAGGACGGAGGCUCGGCCAGUGUAAAUAACGUGCCGAGGCCACGGGACCAGGGACGCCUCGGGCAGGAUUUGAACCCAGGCCUCUCGGUUCCUUCACUCUGGACCCUGCCAGCUUCCUGUCUUCACAGAGAAACUCAGGGCAGGCACGGGGCUGUGGGGAGGCCGGACCGGCCAGCGGGGAAGGAAGGCAGGGUCUCAAGCCUCCUUCCUCAAGCUCCCCGUUCCUGGGCUCAGGGUCUGCUCUGGGGACUGGCCUAGCCAGCAGCCACUCUCAGAAGCUAGGGAGACCCUGAAUAAGCUUGUGACAGUCACACAGACUUGGGGUCAGUGAGAGAGGAGCACUGGGGGUGCAAACUUGCAGUUAACAACCGCUGUCUCCCAGUCUCUCUGAACCCACCCAGCCCAGCCCAGCAGGGCCCUCCUGCCCGUGAGCCGAGAGGAAGGGGCAUUUCCUGGGAAUAUGCAUUUGCAGCCUGCCUUCUCCAGGAAUCUGUAGGGUUGGCGCCAUGGACAUCUAGAGAAAUGACAGCUGUCAGGAGAGUGGCUGCCCCCCCAGGGCUGUGGGCCCAGGCAGGCGCCUUGGCAGGGGCCCGGGGCCAGGGACCCCAGAGCAGCUCAGACCACAGCCUCUCAGGCCCUGGGUCCCCUGUGACCUGGACCAGACUUGGUGCUCCUCUCUUGCUGGGCCAGGACCCAAAGAUCGAGGUGCCACCCCUGGGCCUGUGUCCUCUCGGGGCAGGAGCCAUCUGUCCCCAGCAUCCCUGGUGCUCCCAGGAGGUUGUGGCCUGGUCCCACCAGGCCCUGGUAACCUCCUCCUGCCCUCAAGGCCCUGAUGGCCCCUCGAGAGGCAGCACUAGCCUGGGGGCCAAAGCGUGGCAGUCAGACGCAGCAGGAAGUCUGUAACGCUCUGACAAUAAAGGUGCUCUCCCCACCGGG